AUGGAAGGUCUUUUUACUUGCCUGAGAUGUGCGCGUGCACUCUCGAGUGCUAGUAGAUACCGGUCGAGUUCCAGGAUAGCUCAACAACUUUCCGGACGCCGCAGCUUUACCUCGAGCGCCUCGUUCUACCACUCUACUCUAAAAGCUGGUAAUGCCGCGAACGCAGUUCCCUCACGAAGCCUCAAACAAACUGCGAGAGCAGUGUCAUCCGCUGCGGCGCCUGCUCAGGAGGAAGACAAUUUCGAACGUCACAACCUCCCUCCCACCGAUUAUGGAGAGUGGCGAGCGCAUGGGAGGGUUGUGCUCAAGCCAGACCAAUUAUUUCAUCCCUACUCCAGGUCCCCUAUACCAGAGAUACGACAGAGAGCUCGAUACAUGAAGCAACAUGCGUUAUGUCCUCACCCUGCCCACCAGCAAACUCGAGUGCCUAUUUCUCCCCACGAUCCCGAAGCGAGAAAGGUCGAAGGUGUCAGUUCACAACCUCCAGCUCACGUCGAGUUUGAGUGUCCAGACUGUGGCAUUCCUGUGUACUGCUGUGAAGAACACUGGGCGGAUGACUUUGAAGCUCAUCUCGAGAUAUGCGACACGCUGAGACAAAUCAACGAGGACGACCAUGAUUUGCGAUCUGGAAGAUGGUUCCCCGAGUUCGAGUAUCCGGGCCCGCAAAUAGACGAAAUAUUGGUCAACAUGACAAGCUGGGACACGUAUCUCUACACUCGACAAUACGAAGCAAUCAAUGAAGAACGGAGUAUGCGGCAAGUUACUAGGUUAUUGACAUAUCCGCUGUCGCUGGGAAGUGUUCUGCAUGAACUCAGCCCAUACAAUAUCCGCUCUGGAGGACGGCUCACAACUGAAGGCUUGAAGAGCUUGACUGCCUUGCGAUAUACGCUUCACCCUCCCAAGCAAGGCCAGGGAACAAGUAUCAAAGGCUUGAGACUGUCCGCUCCUCCUGUGCGCAUCUUCAUCCUCGGCGCUCGAGCAGAGUCGUCGUUACCGCGCGAAGUGUGGACUCAACUAUCCUACCUGUUCCCUCAGUCUCUGAUUCACCUGGUGUUCAUCGGACCGGAGUCAAUGGCAAACCGAGAUGCCGAGUUUCCACUUCCAGAGAGAACGGCGGCGAACCCAUUCGGAGCUAUCGUGGAAGAUCGUAUAUCACCUAAGAUGAAAAUCACGACAUACGUCGAGUACUUCCACACACUGCACGAAGCAAACCUCUUCUACCCUUACGACCCAUACUUUGACUGCUUCAUGCUAUACCAUCCAGGACUUGGACAUCCCGCUUCUGCACACGAGUGGGAGAAGACUCUGCCCCAGCUGCUCGAAACGAAGUGUCCCAUCAUAUGCACGGGCUAUACUGAGUGGGAUAUGACCCGAGAUUGGCAGUGGGUUAUGGAGAAGUGCGCAGGCGAAGUUGACCUGCUCAUGGAGCCUGGAGAGAAUCGCUUCCGAUCGCUGCGGUGGGAUCUGAACGACCUUGAUCCGCAGGAUAUCAGUUGUGGAAAUUGGGGCAUCUGGGCGUUCCGAGGCAAGAGGUACGAAGCGACUACGCGAAAUUCAUCGGAAUAG